AUGAACAACGUGGAUGAGAAUAUUCAGCGAGGUAGGUUUUGAUCGGUCGUGUUUCAACUCAUAUCCCCCUCACAUUCUUAUCCUCUUCUUCCGUCCGAAAUCUUACAGAACUCUACUUGCUGAUCGCCAAGUUCCUCUCGAAGGGUCCCUGUAGCCGUGCUACUGAGGUAAGUUGAAGUAUUGUACGUUUAUUCCGUUGAAAUCAUCUACUAACGAGUCGUGUUUCUCACACAGGCCUUGACCGAGGAACUCGUCGAACAUAAGGUAAGCUCCCCAUUUCUCUAAAUCACAUUGGACAUAGGGGUAGUUACACCUUUAAAAUAAAUUUGAAGGUUUCCCUUUAACUAUUUUUCUGUAUUUGGGAAUUGUAGUCCUCAGCGAGUUAUCCAGACAAUAGUGUUUGAUUCAUGCCAUGUUGUUAAAUGAUCCUUUCUCACACUUUUCUUCACAGCUUCUACGACGCCGGACAGAUUGGAGGGGCCAAGAACAUGACCAAACCUACGAGGAAACGGUACUCUUUUGCCCCUAUUUACAAAUCUACUCUCAAGCGACUUUUUGAGCAAAUUUCGGUGCCAACCACGGAUCAAAUUUUUUUUAUAUUUUUCAUCGGAAAACGAAAAAAUAUUUUUCGCGCUUCGUCUAAGCGAAGCCCGAAAAAAAGGGUGAAAUUUAUUUUGCGAUCAUAUUUUCGACGGGCUAGCAGAUUGUGUUUUUUCGCUGCGUUCAUUAUGAAACUUGGGCAGCCUCUGACACCCAACAACUUAUGCAUACCAAGCCUUUGUCUAUUCAUAUGGUAAUCGGAUAUUUAUGGUGUUUAUCGAAAGCGAGCCAAUCAGAGGUGAAAGCGGAACGUGUUGGGUCAGAUUUCCAUUGUUUUACAAUGACCGGAUUAAAAUUCCAGCUGUCAAAUAUACGUCAGAAUAAUGAAAACACAAUUUUCAUUUCCGCUCCUUCGGUUGGCGCGUGAUCGAUCUCACAGGAACAGAUGCUUCGCGAAAGAACUAGGCUGUGAAAUCUUGAUAUUGCUGUAUUUUGGCUGCCUUAAAUCGCCGCAUUUUAGCUGGUUAAUUGUGCUAGAGAAUAAUUGCUCGUUUAACCACAAUCGUUUUUCUUUUGUCCUGUUUUCUCAAGUAUUAUAAAGCGAAAAAUAAAAGUAGCAUUAUAUGAAGAAGGCCUGGACACUAUAUUUUUAUUACGCGCCAUGUUGCGUUGCGGUAGAUUGUGAUAUAGGUAUUGCGGUCAUUUUUUGUUGAAAAUUGCCUUUCGUUUCAAACAGGCACCAAAUGCAAGGACUUCAGUAACGGGCAAAGUUUUGUAAAGCAUUUUUCCAUUCAACAGAUCGCUGAAAAUCGCCAUAUUCCUGAUGAUUUCUUGCUACGUGUAGCCGAGCGACUUGUUCCUUUGGUGGAGCAAUGUGUGCCUGGCAGCGCACCCGGCUUUCGGUCCUUGCUCGGGGCUGGAAGACAGAGCAUGCUACGAACAUCCUCAGGUAAUUAGAAUACGUCAUGGGGGUUAUCAAACAGAAUGCUAGAAAUGACUGAAGAGUCUGAGUUCUAAACUAUCUUUUUUCUGCAGAACACAUGAGCUCAUUGGUGUCUGAAAUCUUUUUUUCAUAGAAAAUUUAUCCCCAAGCAGUCCACCCCAUGCACUUGUUUUUGUAAGAUCCUAUUGAUAAAUAGCCGUAAAAGAAGGGUUCUCCCCUAUCUUAAUAAUAAGAAGCAGGGGGAAGCUUGAAGCCUGGUUUUCAUAUCUCUGGAAAAUCCCAGACAGUUGGGGAAUUUAUUGUUUCCCGACUGUCCCAGAUUUUGGCGACUAAUGAAAACUCGAACUCGUAGAUAUCCCCGAUCGUCUGGGAUGGACGGGGACAAAUCUGGAGAAUCAGGAGUGUUUCUAUUUUCCCGACGCGUCCCAGAUCACGCAUUUGUGCACAAAUUUGGCACACUUGCCAUUUCCCGCCAAACUCAAUAUCAGGAGAAUCGAGGACAGACUUCUGGUGAUUAUCCGAUACAUCCGUAAACUCUGGGACGGUCGGCAAAAAGUAAAAUCCCUGAUCAUCUGGGAUUUUCCCGACAUAUGAAAACCAGGCUUGAGCAACGACAAUGGUGAUGGCGACGAGAACAUCAAAAAAGCAAUAGGUUUAUUAAGUAAGACAACAACUUUGCACGUGAAAACACCUUUUUGGAAAAUGUCCAAUUUCACAUUUUAUGGAGGACGUAAACAAAUGAGUUUUUCUUUCUCUUUCUUAACUUGAGUGCGGUCCCCAAAGAAAUCAAUGCCAGGGAAAUUCACCUACAUUUGGCAUUUUCAGCAAAGUAUAAUUAAUGUGAAGAAGUUUGACAAAAAAACAAAUCAAUUGCGGCUGAAUCCUGGGCUCAAAGUUAGCGACUAACUGGUCGCAUAUGCGACUGGAUUUUUGGUUGUGUGCCGAAAAAUUCAUGUGUAAUCGCACCUGUGUGCCGUAAAACCCAAAGCACAGUGUGACUGACUGACUUCCGACUAUACUUACAAACUCGAACUAGAAAGACGGUGUAUGUUUAAUUGGUCUUUUCUCCCAAUGGAUUCUACGAACUCGAAUGUUCUUUUUCGUUUCGAUGUUUUACUCCAUCCCAAACUCUUCUGUUUUGUAAUAAACACCGCUGACACAUUCAGAUAUAUGCUACGAAUGAAACAUGUACUUUUUGCGGAAUGGAUGAUCAUGUCGAUUGUUCAGUUUUAACGUCAAUCAAAACAAAAACAGUGCGGAUUAAGAGCCUUUUUUUCCAGGUAAGAAAGUUUUUUAAGUUGUAUUCCAGUUACAUGUAAGUCAUGGUGCAUUUAACAAAUUCAUGGGAUGGGGCAGUGGCAAGCACCUCCCACCAAUGUGAUUUGCAUUAAAAUCCUGGCAUCGACGCCAUAUACAUGGGAUGAGUUUGUUGUUGGUUCUCUCCCUUGCUCAGGGAGUUUUUUCUCUGGACACUCUGGUUUUCCCCUCUCCCUUAAAACUGCAUACAUUUCCAAAUUUUCAAUUUGACCAGGAUAGAUGUAGAACAACUGUAUACUGUGCUACCUCAAAAUCUUUAUAUUUUAUUUAUUUCAUCUGUCUGAUUCCACUUUUUCAAGGCCGUAAUUAUGUAUUUUAUGCUGCUUUUCAGAAUUUAACCCUAAGGGUGGAUUUCCCAUAAUGGGUAAUUUUUAUGGUGUACAUGCUUAAAAUUUAUAUUGCGUACAAUAAAAUGGAGGUGAUGUAUGGAAGGCUGCACAUAAAUGUAGAAGUUGAGUGAGGUUCACCUUUUAUGUUUAUGCGUGGCUUUUCAUACAUAUUGCCUCUGUUGUUUUUACACACAUGAAAUUUAUGUGUGUACUCAUGUAACAGAAACACAACAUUGGAAAUCCAUCCUAAAAGGGUUCCUAUUGAUGUUGUCCGUUUUAUGUUUGUAGAAACAAAUACACCAAGCGUGAGUUCAUUAGCAGUAUGCUAUCAUGGAGCCCCUUUGCUACCACCAGUGAAAAGAAGGAUUCCAGGAAAUAUUGGUAAUAGUUUUGUAUCAUUUUAUUUUGUAAUUGUUGGAUUUUGACCAGCCUGCAAAUACAGCUGCUUCUCAUUGCUCCAAACCAUACUGUGUUUUUUUUGUGAGAGAGACGUUUGCCUUUGGCUUCACAGAUUCCAUUCUGAUGAUUGAUUUUGCUUAAUUACAUGUAACUCAGUAGUGGUUCUUUUCAUGUUUACCAUGCCUUAUCUGACUUUUCUCUAAGAAACACUAAAGGGGGCCCAUUGCUCUGAAACUGUGAAAUCCAGAGUGCCCAGCAUGGCAGAUGAUUUGUAUGAAAAAACUAAGAUUUUCUAGUUGCCCAGGUACAAAAGUUAGGUGCCGAGGCCACUGGGCUCUGCUAGGCACAUCCUUCCCCUUGUCGAUUAUCAUAAAUUUGGGAACUGUUCUGUGGGAAUUUGGCACGGUCUAGCCAAAUUAAAGGUGAAUAAUAACAUGCAUAUUCCUUGUAAAAAGUGUAGUUUCGUGGUAGAAUUAGCCUACUUUAAGUAAAUUAUUUUUAUGUUUAGACCUUCUGCCUUACAUGUAUCUCAGGCACUUGUAAACAAUAGCUAAAAGGACCAUUUUUAAUUAAUAUCUCUUUGACCAAUCAGAGCUCCAGACCAGAUUCUGAACAGAUUAACACUAUCAGUACAGGAUUUUCAGGGGCAAAAUGCACACAACUCAAAGAUUCUCUCUCUUGAAAUCUUGUUCCAGUGAUAAUUAAGAUGCGGCAGUAUUUGUAGGUUAAGCUUUCACAAACUUAGUCCCUCUUGAAAUGUCUGUUUUUUCUUAGGUCAAGUGCUUUGCAGCAGAGAGAUAAGUGGAACAUCCAGCAUCAGAAAUGUUGCUCAGCCAAAUCUUUACACAAAAUUGUCCAUGGUAUUUUAACAUAUCUUUAUCUAUUAUCUUCACCUUGAUUCUUGAAACAUCUAUCUCAUUACUUCACUACUACUGAAAGAUGCCCGUUGAAAUUUUUUUGGAGGUUUUUUUUUCCUGGGAAAAUGCUCCACUUAUCCUUCCCUGAACCCAACCUUAUAGAAAUGCAACUUAAAACUAGCAUGUUGGUUCAGUAAAAGGGUAGGUGGACAGGUUUGCAGUAUACUUACAGGAAUUACAGGUAUGUUGGAGAGUUUCCAAUUACCUUUACAUGUUCAUGUACAUGUCUGAUAUUGCCAUCUUUUAAUCAAGAAUCAGAGGAAUCACCCAAUAGAGAGUAGCCAGCCAAGAGCAGAUUUGGGUGUUCUGGGUGUUGGCUAUUUUUGACAACAUCACAGGUGUAACCCUGUGGAAAGAACAAGUUUAUUUAUCUCGCACUGUUCUUUUUUCCUCAGCAUCGAAGAAUCCUGGGCCAUUUGUCAGCUGUUUACUGUGUUCUGUUUGACAGAAGUGGAGAAUGCAUUAUUACGGUGGGUAGUCGUUUUCUUUUUCUUGUUCUUUUAAUUGUAACAAAUUGAUCGAAACAAAAAUGCAAACAGAUACAACAAAAACCAACAAAAGUCCUACUUCAGAGAAAGACUGUAACAGGAGUUGAAACUUUGAAAUCAUGCUGUUGAGACCCAAUAAGAUGCCUGAAGUCCAUAAUAGCACAAGUUCCAUUUGUUUCUGGCAAACUUUUGUUAGUUUUGCAAGGGAUUCAGUUUAUAUGGACAGGGUGUCCAUAAUAGUGGGUGUUGACUAGGCGAGAGUUGGUUGUAUUGAGCGUAGAGAACCAAAGUCCUUUUUUCUCAUACAAUUUACCUUACAAAAGUGACCCCACCCUUUAUUAGUUGAGAUAAUCAUGUCCAAAAAUGAAAAUGAAAAUUGUAGAAUUUUCACUAUUUUCGCCAUUGCUUGCAUUUCUGGAUAUAAGUGUAUUAUUUUGGACUUUCAUCAACAUCCUUUUUUUAAAGAAGGUAAGAACCAAAUGAAUAUUCUCUGUAAAAGCAACUUAUUGCAUAACAUCUACACAUGUAUGCUCUUCUGGACAAAUCUAGGUUCUUAUUAACAUUGUUCUUUCAAAAUGAUUUGAUGUUAUUUUUUAUAGGGAGCUGAUGACAGCCUGGUGAAGAUUUGGUCCAGUGAGGAUGGGCGUCUUCUGGCAACUUUGCGAGGGCAUCAGGCUGAGAUUUCUGAUAUUGCAGUUAAUUAUGAAAACAAUUUAAUAGCUGCUGGAAGCUGUGACAAGGUGUGGAGUUAAAUACAGCAGUUUUAGUUAAAUUUUGUCAGAGUUGAAAGUGUAUAAACUAGUGGUUGAAUUCCAUAAUUUUUGGCCCAGUUUGGAUCAGAUUCCUACAGACAGAAAGAUCAGCCCAUUAAAUUAUUAAUUGUGUUGUCUACAUGUACAUGUAUAUUACAGGUCAAAAUUAUACACCUAAGAUUAAGAUUUUUUAAUCAACAGGUUGAUUCUCAAUUUUCUUUGUCUCCUAGCCCUAAUUGAUGUAUAACAUUAUAGACUUAUGUAUAAUAAUGACGUUGGGCCAUUAUCAUGCUGACAAAUAAAUUGAAUCUUGUUAACUGGCUUAACAAGGCAGUUGUAGGCAGUUAGAAAUCAAGCAAAAGCAAUUAUCCAUGGAUUUGUGACAUCCCCGGCAGUACAUGCAAAUUUGAGUUUUCAAAUUAUUUAGGGAACAAUAAAUUGCUGACCAUGGGAGAAACCUGGCAUGGUUACAUGUAGGAAACAGUACAAAAUACCUGAUCCCGCAUAUUGGCGACACAUGGAAACCAGGCUUUAGUGGACAGUUUAUGACCGUGUAAUUUUUGAGUUCUCCUGUUAUUGUUAGUAAUGAUUCAUUUGCUUGUUGUCUUUAAUUUUACAGGUGAUUCGGGUGUGGUCUUUAAAAUCCACCCAGCCUAUAGCAGUGCUGCAGGGUCACACAGGCAUGAUAACGUCUCUCCAGGUACUAAAUGUCAAUGCUUUAUAGCGAUUUGAGUGUGACAUUAAGUUAUUAUUUGUGUGAAUAGUAAUUUAUUGACUGUCACAUUGUUUGUUUGUUUUUGUCAACAGUUCUGUCCAUCCCCAUUAAAUGAAUCCAGGUAAUGAUUACAAGUAUUAAUUAUAUAUUUUAUUAUUAUUAAUAAUAAAUUUAUUAUUUUUAUUGCACAAAUUACAUGUGCAUAUGAUCAAAUGCUUAUCAUUAUAAAAGCAUAUUUACUAACAAAAAACUAUAAAAAGUUGAAACUGCAUGAUUUAAAAUGUACAAACUAUUUAUUGAACCUAAUAAAAAGCUUUUUUAAAAAUGUCUUAAGCAAUAUUUCAAAAGUAUUAAAAUUUUCCUCGUUACAAAUAUUAUGGACAAUCUGUUCCACAAUUUCGGUGCUGCAGCCAAGAAGGCACAUUCACCAAGUCUUAUAUGAGUAUCAACCCUUGGAGCUUGUAGGAGGAGUCCUUUGUUUAACCUCAAGUUGUACCCUCCACUUUCCUUGAUAUUAAUAAGUUCACAAAUGUAACUUGGAGCAAGCGCAUAUAUUGCUUUAAAUGUAAUUAUCAUAAUUGUGAAUUUUAUCCUAAAUUUAACUGGAAGCCAGUGUAAUGAAUAUAAAAGUGGAGUGAUGUGUGAAAAUCUACAGUAAAGGUAUAUUAAAAAUCAAUCUUGCUGCAGAGUUCUGAAGGCAUUGAAGUUUUGUUGUAUAAAUAUAUGGACAGAAGACCAUGACAUAGAAUACUGUUACAGUAAUCAAUACAUCCUAUUACCAAUGUUUGUGUUGCUUUGGUACUUAAUUAUUUUCAUAUACGCCUGACAUUUGUGAGAUGGUAAUAUGCAGCUUUAUUAGAACUUUAAAAUACAGCCUAUUAAUAAAUAUAUUUUUUUAUUGCUUAGAUGUUUGCGAAAUUGUUUAAUUUUCAUUUAACACAACUUCAUUUAUAUAUUAGGCAAACCAGCCAACUUCCAUUUAUCUUGUGGUACAUUGAGGGGCUCAAGCCACUCAGAAAACCUACACAUGUCAGUUUAUUAGAAUAUAAUUGCAAUGACUGCAUGCUUUGUCCUUUCUUAGAUAUUUGGUCUCUACUGGUGGUGAUGGAACAGUUUGUUUUUGGAAGUGGGAUUUAUCCACCCUUAAAUUUGAGUAAGUACAUGUACUUGUACAUGUACAUGUAAAUACAGCAUAAUUUAUUGGUGCUUAAGACAGCAAGUAAAAUAUUACAUGUGAGUACCCAACAACUGAGUGUCUCUCUUAAUGUAAAAAGUGAAAUCAAUGGUGGAUUUCACCCUUUACCUUGGAAAAUAGUUUUAUUUCAGAAUAACAUAACUCUGAUACUGUACAAGGUUUACAUUUGGUUUUUUUUUUGUACUGAAAGAGUGUCAACAUUUUUACUUCAGACCCAAGCCCAUAAGGUUUAUUGAGAAGUCACGUCCUGGUACCCAGAUGGUGUGCUCAUCUUUCAGUCCAGGUCAGAAAAAAAUUCUGUAAUAAGGCCGAGUACAUGUAUGCUAGCAUUAGAUUUCAGCUGGUGUAUGUAUUGAGUUUUUGUGCAUUAUAAAGGUAAAUUGGUAACUAUAAGGAGAUUCAAAAGGUCAGACACAUAACAUGUACUUUGGCCUUGCUCUGAGAGGAAAAGUUUGAUGCACUCAACUCACUCCUUCAUUGAUUCAGCGGUGCAGAUUCUUCAGUGAUAUGAAUUGAAUUAAAAUGCAGCUGUAAACUUGUUUAGAAUAAAAUAUAAUAAUUAAUUGGCUUGGCUUGAUAAUGUACAUUGUACAUGUGGUGCUGGUACAGUUUACCUGACAGUACAUUUUAUAAUGGAAUGUAAAAUUAAUUCUUGUGAUUUACAGGAGGGAGUUUCUUAGUGUCAGGCAGCACUGAUCAUAUUAUCAGAAUCUACCAGAUGACCCCAGGACCCCCUGAAAGAAUUGCUGAGUUAGAUGUCCAUAAUGUAAGUAGACUUGUGUUGAUGUAUUUGCUCCCUCGGCAUGUAUAGUGUGUAGCUCCAAGUGAUCUGUUCAUAAUAAUGAACCUGUCCUCCGCUCGUAACAGUGCAUAAUGCUUUCUGGGUGCAGUGUAUGAGCACCCCAGGCCUAAGAAAAGACAGCCAUCUACCCUUAAGUGAGAUGCUUCAGGCACUGUGCUAAAAGUGGUAGUAUUUUGCUGUUGCGGACAGUUGCGGUCACCAAAUGAUGAAAUGCAAAAGAUUGAAAAGACAAGGAACAAUACCCACACCAAUAAAACAAAAGCAAGCAAAUGAUAGUUCUUAAAAAACCAAGAAACAUCCUAAAAGGGAGACUUCCAGAGAGCAUCAAGUUCAUACACUGUACCUGCUGUGUACCUAUUGUGUACAUGUAGAAUGCCUUGCAAUUUGACAGGUUCACUGGUGUUGAGGUGAAUGACAUGCUGGAGGAAAAUGGGAUUCAAAAUGGUCAUAAAUUAAUGAGUUUUUAUUUUUUCGUCAAAAGCAUUUUUGAAAAUCUACAUUUAAUGUUGUCAAUAUCUCUUAAACUAUUGGAGACAUUUUUAGUAUUCCUUUUCCUCAAACAAGGCUGUGCUCAAGCAGAGUCUGGUGGUCCUGCUGGGCACUCUGGAUUUUACGGGUUCAGAGCAAUGGGCCACCUUCAAUUUUCCUCAGUGCACAACCUUGUCAAAUGAAUUCCUUUGUGUUCAGAUUGUGCUUCUUUCCUUGACUAAAAAAGCCAUUUUUGUGACAUCAUCAAUAAUAAUAUUAUUCUGAUAUCACAAACAUGAAAUUUGAGAACCUUUUAAUUUACAGCCUGUAGAUUACUUUUUUUUCACUAUUUUGUCUUUUAGGAUCAUGUGGAUAGUAUCCAAUUUAGCCACAAGGGAGACAGGUAUAAAUUUAGUUAAUGAGUAGUACAAGGCUGUCCCCCAAGCUACUCUGAACUUGACUUCCAGGCUAUAUGUAACUUCCAGAGGAAAAUAGACAAAAAAGACAUCAACAAUGCCUAAGUGUUGUUUGCACGGCAACUUGAAAUCUUAGUGACAGUUGUGUAGUACACUGUGAUCUAUUACUAUUUUGACAUCAGUUUUCUUGGAAAUUUGAGAGAAAGGGAGCAUGAAUACAUUCAUGUAUUUAUAUGGACUUGCAUAUUAUUGGUAGAAACUAAUAAUAUACAAGUGUAUUUGAUUCUUACUGUUUUUUUUUUCAUUUUAUUUUAUGGUUUAUUAGGUUCCUCAGUGGUUCAAGAGAUGGCACUGCAAGGAUCUGGUAUUUUCACAGAUCUGCGUGGAAACAUAUUUUGGUUGAUGUCAGCAAACGACUUCCUGGGUAAGGUCAUGGUAUUCAACAAAGUGAAGCAUGUACAAUCAUUAUCAUAUACUUGUUUGUUUGUGUUUCAAUGCAGUACCUUUUCAUUUACGUAUAUUUUAUUCUGUGUACAUAUUGUAAUAAACUGUAGUAGGUUUCGUUUGAAAUGCAAAUUAAAAUUUUUCAGUGAUAGCAAGGAUUUUACUGUCACCUUAUGUUUCAUUUUUUGCCUGUAUUUUCAACUCCUUGUUUCAGUUCGCCGUUAGUGGAGGAAUCUGUUAGAGCUCUAAAACCAAGAGUGACCAUGGUGAGAUUUUUGCAAGUUUUUUGCAAAUGACACUGGAAUUUUUUCUUUGGUGAUCACACUGAGGGUGACUUGGCAGUAAAGCAUCAAGAGAAUUAUGCUGUGGUUAAUUAUAUUGUUUUCUGAUUAAGAAAUAAUGUUGUUGAGAAUUAAUUUUGACUAUUUUAACUGUCCUGAAAGGUUGGUUGGGAUCUUUGGGACCAGCAUGUUAUCACUGCUGUCAAUGACAACACUUUGAAGGUUUGGGAAGCUGCUACUGGAAAUCUUUCACUUGUACUUUCUGUAAGUUUUAUUGUUGUUCACUUCUGUAUUAGAAGCAUAAAAAAAAGGAGAAAAAAGUUCAGUACUAGAUUGUGGUGUCACGUGAGGAUGUACAUGUUUUAGUAUUUUAAGGUGGCUGAACACAGUUAUGGCAGUUUGUGAGUAUAAUGUCAUUUGCCAAAUCAUGGCAAGAGAAAGGUUGCAGCUCACAAGCUGAAACUUGGCAGGUGAAAAAUAUACUGAUGACAGAUUUUGACUGACAGGUAAAAUGUGACGUUUUUGAAGUUUCCAUGCCAACAUGAACGAUUGAAUGCAACCUUAAAAUUUCACGUUUGCUCAGUUUACAUAAAAUUCGCUCAUCAGAUUUUCCUAUAAACUUGCACACAGCUUACUAUAAUUAAUCAUUACCAUCUGAAACUUAUUUGACUGAAUUUUAACAAACGGGUUUUUAGAUAUAUCAAUAAUAUGAUUGUACUGUGAUUAUUAAAUGUGUGACAAAAUUCGUCUGUUGAACUUCCAUUUUAAAGUUCUUAUUAUUGAAAGUAUGAUAAAAGUAAAAAUUCUGCCAAAUAUCACAAAAUUUUAAUGAGCAGAUUUUGAGAAAUUGUCUUCUGUGCAUGUGUACCAUUCCUUUUUUUGCCACCAUGUUUGUUUGUCUAAUUUAAAACACGCGCCGUUGCGCGAGUUACCGCUGACCACCCGCAAAACUGUGUUCAGCCACCUUAAAUGGGACUUAAAGGUGAUGUACAUUCCUUAUCUCUCAGAGUGAAAUCAAUGGCUGUUGUAAAGUAGUUCUGUUUUUGGAAUAAGAAAACAAACCUAUUUUGACACCAUUCAAAUGAAAGUGAUUACAGAUUUUCAGGACUUGGCUCCAACAGAGGCUCGGUGCAACUUACUUUUUCCCUUGGAGAGAAGGAAAAGUUAGUCUUGUCACAACUUACAUAGUGGACACACUGGAUUUCAAAGACAGAGCAUUUUGGCUGCCUUCCUUUUGUUCUAAUUGCAUGUUUCUGUAAAAGUGAAUGAAUGAUCAUGAUCUUACCAUGGAGAUGUGGUGUGAUAAUGAACGUCUAAGUGGUUUAACUGAUGUCAAGCAUUGUGGUCCAAUAGUGAAUACCCACUGUAUGUGGGCUGCUGUAUCGAGUCAAACUGGCUGAGGCAUCUAGAGUGAUUUUCCGAGUAAAGCAAUGAAAAAAAAUACUGUAAUAAGUAAGUGCAGUGAUGUACAUGUUCUCUCUCUUUAUUUCAGGGACACCAAGAUGAAGUGUUUGUUUUAGAGGCUCACCCAACAGAUCCUCGCAUCCUUCUUAGUGCAGGUGCACUUCAUUACUUAAUAAUUAUGCCACGUUUUCCUUUAAAGCCAAUGCAAAAUGAUCCAAAAAUGUUGUACAAUGUUGGAUCUUUUACAGGUUGUAUGUGUAGUUUAACAAAUACACCUAAAAGUAACUCGAAGGUACACUGUAUUUACAAUAAUUUGGCAAACCUUAAGUUUUCUUUAUCAGAAUGCGAGAUGGUGAAUACUGUCAGCUUGUGGAAAAGUUAUUCCAACUUUUUAGUGACAAAAUGAAAGUAAUAUGAGACUGAGCCAGGAAUAAAAACAUUAUUGUUAUAACCCUUAUCUUGGAAAGUCAGUUAUACACUUGAUCCCUCGAGCCAGUUUUACUCACAGAGAGCCGAGACAUUAACUUGUCCUCAUCUCUUGCCUUAAGUUGAUAACCCCUAAUGCUGACAAAGUAUUUUUUCUAGAUAAAUACAUCUUAAACCUUUCUACACGCUUUUUCCUUCUUUGCCUCCCCUAAACUUGUCUGUACUUAUUGAACUGUUUCCAUCAAUAACUUGCUUUAAUUUGUUUUCCCCUUAGGCCAUGAUGGAUAUGUCAUAUUAUGGGAUCUGAGGAUUGGAGAGAAAAUAACGAGCUUUUACAAUUCUGUAAGUUGCCCCUGCUCUGUUUCUUCUUUUCAUUUUUAUUGCUGCUCUGUACAUUGUAGCAGCACCUGGUGUAGACUGUGAGUGGUCGUCCUUCUUUUCUCAGAGCCAUGUGCAGCGAGCGAAAAGGUUUGCAUUCUACCUUGUCUCAAAGUAAAAAUAAGAGACUGCUCGAAACCUACACCUGGUGGUCUCCCUAUGACUUACUUUUAUCGCUGGGUUACCGAUAAUCUUAAUGUUUGCAUAAUUAUUAAUUCUAUGCUAGGCUCUCUGGAUUCCAAAGGCUGAGAGCUUUUGGGCUCCCUUCUAAGUGAAUAUCCCUGGUUGUUGGCAACAAAAAUGUAUAAAAAAAUCUAAUGGCAGGCUAGACUUGGAGUAGUCUGUCAUUUUCUGCAGGGAUAGUAGAGUGAGUGGGUGUAAAAACUGCCGCCAGUGAGAAAGGAGAGGAUUCACACAUGCGCUUGAGUACAGUAUUAGCCUCCCCUAGUAUCCCUGAGGAGAAUGACGGACUACAUGCACUUGUUGUCUAGCAGCCGCUAAAUUAUAAAUUUUUCUUCAAAAUUUUAUUCAGCACUAACAACCUCUAAUAUUCUAAUUUUUGUUACUAGUUAAUUGUUUUUGCUAAUAUUCAAGUUACGUCACUUUCUGGAAGAACUUCUCAAUAGACUGAGAACAACUGUUAACAAUCCAUCUUAUCUAUUAUCCCACUGUUCUAUUUUUGAUUUUUGUGUUGUUUGUUAGCUUGAAGGCCAAGGUCAUGGAGCUGUGUUUGAUUGUAAGUUUUCAUCUGAUGGCCUGAAGUUUGCAUGUACAGACAGUCAUGGACAUCUCUGUAUCUUUGGAUAUGGCUCGAGUGACCGAUACAGUCGAGUAAGUACCUUUGUACUUUUUAUUACUACAUGUUCUUUCAAGAAUCUGCCUUUUACUUCUGUGUGAUUCACAUGCGGGCUAACUACUCUGACUAAUACAGGUUAUUACUUCUUUUACUCAUUCUAAAAAUUCACUCCAAUGAAUUUCAACAGUUAGAGCACUCGUACACCAACUUCUGGAUCUUUUUACGGUUUUUUUUAUUUCAACAUUUCAGUUCAUAAACCCUAUUUUUGUGUCUCUCCACCUUACAGCAUGGUGAAAAGUCCAUAAGUUAUGUCUGUUUAAGGGAGUUGUUUGUCUUAACAGAGUUGGCUGUUAAUAUAGAGUUGAUUGUACUGCAUGUACAUGUACUGUAUGUAGCAUAGCUUUUAUUUUCACAAACCUUUUGCUCUGUUAUUGGCUGCUUCGCGGGCACAUGACGUCUUUUAACCUAACAGUUUCCCGUCAAACAUUUCUGCGCGUUCAACAUUGCAAAGUAGGACAUCAAAAGGUAACGUGUUUCUGGAGCCAAAACUCGAGUAGACGUAAUUGUCAUGGUGCAAGGUCGCAUCCAGACUAAUACACUGUGUUUGUUAUUAUCUGACAGGUUCCGAGUGAGCAGUUUUUCCACACGGACUACAGACCUCUCAUAAGAGACUCCAAUAACUAUGUUCUGGACGAGCAGGUACUGUUUAUACAUAUACUGGGCUGGUGAUUAAUACUCUACGCCAUUUUUCAAUAGCAAUAUUUCUUCACGCAAAGCAUGAUAGUUUUGUUGAGCUUGUAACAGUUAUGAGAAUAAUCGCCUCCUUUCUCUAAAACGCCUCGUUUUGGAUCCCCAAAAUUAAAACAAACAAACAAAAAAACUCGCUGGGUGUCUAUAAGAUCAUUUACAGCACACUUUUAGUAGACUUUUAGUUAAAUUGUCAUAUACUUUGUUUCAGACGCAGACAGACCCACACCUUAUGCCGCCUCCUUUCUUGGUUGAUGUGGAUGGUAACCCCCACCCUAUCCAUUUCCAACGCUUGGUACCAGGCCAUGGCAGUAAUGUGCGCGGCCCACCCAGGCCAGCACCUCAGCCACCCCCCACCCCUAGGGAGGAUGUACCACCUCUUCUGGCUGAAAUAGAAGCUGCUGAAGCUGCUGAGGCUCAGGGCAGAGUCCCCCUACCAGGUUUGUCGCUCAAGACUAUUUUUGUUAUGUCCAUAUCCAUUGCACAAAUGUGGAGUAACUACGAGCAGCUGAAUUUUUUUAAUAUUUUGCAACUGAUCCACAUAUUUGUGCAAUGGAUAGUUCCAGGUCCUCAAGCGCUGUUCCUUCUGUAAGAGAAUUAUGACGUAUAUAUAGUUAAAAAGCGUUACGAAGUUCUAAAUUUCGGAAACUUCAUAAAAUGUCCAAAGUGGUUUAGCCCUAUCGUGUGUUAGUAGACACAGCUUCGUCCAUGUAACAAACCUGGUUCUGGAGGGAGGAGAUCAGGAAGCUGUAUACAAAGCGAUGCAGAUCUUCCUUGUUGAUGCAUUACCAUUAAUUGGGGUAUGCGCGUGAGACAUUGUCUUUGUUGUGUCAAGGUGUGUUUCCGGUGUGGGGGGAGGAGAAGCUGUAUACAAAUCGAUGGCGUAACCUCCACCUAGACCGGCCCAUACUGCUAUUUAAACCAACACCAACCUACAGUAGUCUAAUAUCUAAGUGCAUCUCUCCAAUAUAUUCGCAGCUCUUCAGUCCCCACCUCCCCAUGGCCAGGGCCCAGUACCUCCUCUGCAGAGCCCGGGGGGAAGUCGUAAUCAAGGCAUGCGGCAGAUGGGGGAUGUUGAAGGAGUGCGAUUGGUGCACGGUAACAUACCCGUCAUUCAGGAUGUAUCUGAUGCUGAUAUUUCUGCCUGGAGAAAUAGAAGAAUUGUGCCUCCUAGGAAACCCAGUGUUGCUAAGUAAGUUCUUAUGGAGUACAUUAAGUUUGUGGCUGCGUUUUAUAUUAGGACUAAAUUGUAAGCAUUCUUUUCGACAGGCAAUCACCCCAAAUGCCAAGAUUUGGAGGUUGUUUAUGAGAAGUUCCAGUCAUAGUUGUUUGACCGGGAAAACGGAUUAUGGCAUGUGAGGUGUCACUGAGCACUUCGAGGUUUCAAAAUACUUCUUAUUACUGCACUCACCGAACCUUAUUAAAAAUUAGGAUUAAAAAAUCAUCUCCUUCUCCUGCAUUUCUUUUUUCAAGCACUUUUGGCGGAACGACGCUUAUCGUAAACUCACGAAACCAUACCCAUGAGAAGUGUGCUACUAAUAAGAAAUUCCCAAACAAACACGUAUAAUUCGAUAACAGGUGGCAUGACUUUGUAACAUGUUCUGUAAUUCGUCGGGGGAGGACGUGGCCUUCAAUCUUUAUAUAAUUUGAUUUGAUUUAAUUUUCUUACUCCAAGGUGUGGUGAAGAAAGACGCCUGCUGUUGGGUAGAGAAGAAAUGCUGCACUAUCUCAGAGAAAAGAAAAGGCGCGCUUUGCCAUCAACAUCAAAGAGGGUAAGAACCAGUAUCCAAAAUUGUCAUUACAUGGAUCAUUCAACUGUACUGAAAAAAGAAUUGAGUGACGUACGCGCCAAAUCAAGACAGAACUGGUACAAAGAUGAUGCAGUGGAGCUUUCAUCCAGGGGGCAGUGUCAGGACAACUUUCCCCUGAGGGGUCCGUUUCUUGAAAGUGUCGAAAGCUGUUUCAAUAGUUUUGCAGAUAACAUGGUCACACUAUCGGUCAGCAAAACAAAGUUGACUGGUUUGUUAGCUGGGACCUGCGCUUUCAUCCUUUAGAUUUCGGCUACGGACCCGAAAAGUUAUUGGGCCUUUUGAGAAACUGCUCCCCAGAUAGGGUCUUUCCUCCAAUAUGAGUCAUUGGUACUUCUUUCUUUCGAGAACAAACUUUGUUUCCCCCAAGUAGGCGUCCCCUGAAUCUUGGUGUGACUUUAUUGAACAGAUAACAGUUCAAGUGCCAGAAACACGUCCUGUAGAAGAAAGGCCUAAUCAAGCUGCCCGCCGCACCUCAAACCGGCGGACGGCAGGACAGCACUCCCGUGGAACACGGCGGCCUGCUUACUCCACCAGGGCUGCCGCUGCUUUAGAUGUGGAGGAAUCUGCUGAAGAAGAGGCAGCAGCCACGCCCAGUGACACUGAAGAGGAGGAUGACGAGGAAGAGUGGUCUGAAAGUAGCAGGUGAGUUUGGAGAAGAUACAGGCUCAAAAACUGAACCUGUGAACUUGCGGCUGUUUAGCCGUUUACGAACAGGAUGGCCAGGAUCUGAUUUCUCUUUACAAUGCUCCCCGCCCCCUGUCUCCCGCUCUUUAGGAUUAACUAAACAUAAAUAUCACGAAAAUAAGUAGCCUUCAACGCACAAAACUACGAUCACGCCAUUGCUACAACAACAACCAAAAUACCCUGAUCGCAGGCUACUUACGCAGCCGUUCAUUUUUUCGUUACACAACGGUCCUUGCCACUUCGCGUGAAGAGACACUUAGAACAGCGGUGUAGUAGACCUUUCCUCGUCGAUGUUAAUAGCAUCAUAAAGAGAACAGUGUUGAGCAAGUUCUAACGAAAGUUAUUCCAAUGAAAGAUGCUGAGUAGUACUUUACUGAGUUUACUCUGUGGUGCAAUUCAAAGCACUUUCUAACUUAAGUUCCUAUAAUGCCCAAACAGACAUCAAUGUACGUUUUUCUUUCAUUAAUAUGUAGUGAAUCAAGCGAAUAUUCGGACUGGACCGAAGAAGUAGGUCUAAGAACGCAACAGCAGACCGAAAAUCGCCGGCCACGUCGGGUGUGUAGAGUGCUGAGUACAUCUGACGAGGAAGGAGCAGAACCGUCAUCGGCGACAGCAGCUCAGCCAGGACCGAGUUCACCUCAACGCCAGUCCAAAGCCAAGAAGGAAAGCAAAAAAAGCAAAAAACCCACCAAGAAAAAACGAGUACGUAACGCCUUUGUUAGCCAUCUUCGUUGCGUUAAAAGAGUAUCAACUUAAACGUAGUUCUCCUAGACUACGAGCGAUCUCUCUUUUUCUUCAGAUUUAGUGAGGGGAGUGCACACGCACGCGCGUGGUCAUUUGCGUUUCUCGCGCGUUUUGCUCGAUGGACCUAGGAAGAAAAAAGACUGCUCGUAGUCUACAUUUUUCUAGGUCAUCAACUUCUUUUUUUGCUCGGUGCAAUGUUGUGAUAAUUGAACGAAUGUCGGUGCGUCCAAAUCUUACGUAAAGCUAUAAAGCUUUACUCUUGCAGAAAAAUAAGCACGAAAAUUCCUCUCCUAACCGAAUCCCACAUAGAUUAUCAUGUGGCCUUUUUGCCGAAAUUUAACUGUGACUACAGACGCCUUUCUGCUACAACAGGUCAAGCUUACAGUAGCGCACGAAAGUCCCGUUUUCUCGGACUAAAAAACGACUGCAUUUUCUUAAGUCUUAACUAACCUUCUUGAAUAUUGAAAAAGCAUAUAACUUAUAGGUGGAACACCCACCUACAUGUAUCAUACAGAGAAACAUAACUGGGGUUGGAGUGCAAAACGGUGCUAAGGUUAUGACUUAAAGCUAAGAACAUAUGCUCUGGCUUGCUGACAAUUCUUGGUUUCUUGUUUUCAGCCAUCAAAGAAGCCUAAAGUGGAUGAAGUACAGGAACUGCUUACUUUGUACCAACCACCUGAUUGGCUGACGUGUACAGUCAAUCGUAUAUCACCUUAUGUGCCGCAAUUAGGAGAUGAGGUAAACUUCAUUCUUGCUCCUCUAUCAGAUGAAGUGGUUUUCAAUUCGCCACUUUGCCGGUCAGCUAUUGGCCAAUUUUUUCCCCUUUUCCUAGGAAUAAUCCCAGAAGUCUUUGCAAAAGUUAACUCGGCCCAGUUCCCCUGUCGUAUAUUUGACCAAUCAUUGGUUUGUUUUCUCUCGUAUAUUUGACCAAUGAUUGGCUAGUGUUCAGUCUCCUUACCGCGCUCAAAUGAGUAAACAAAGAUGGCUGCUUUCCGAAACAUUGUUGUGGCCGGAUCGCCAUCUUUGUUGUGGUUAUGUGUGUACAAAAAGAGCUUUAUCGACCGAAAAAUUGCCGUAAGCGAUUUGAAACAUGCUUGUCUGACAUCACCUUGAGUUUCUUGUCAUGUUAACGUCCAUUACUUGGCACACCGACGACCUGUUGAAGGAUGAUCCUCAUUCGAAGUUCGAGUUAUCAAUUUCAGCCGCUCAAAAUUACGUGUUCUGCGAAAAGUACGAAAGCGCAAAAAAAUGGAACUUUUCGCGCCUGCGCAGAUAAAAGUCUCUUGUUUGACCAAUCACAACAGACAAACAAACCAAUGAACUAGUGAGACCUCAAAGUGGAAGUGUGAAGCCAAAUGUUUGGGCAGGAAAGCGCGGGUGGAAUAGUCUUUAAAAUUCAUUUCAUUUUGCUUGUGAUUGGUUCAAAGACCUUGAAAUGUUAAACCACAAACAAUGAUAUUACUUACAUGACAACGGCGGUGCAUUUUUAAGUUUACCUUCCCUUUUUUUUUUGCAGGUGUAUUAUCUUCGUCAAGGCCAUGAACUUUACGUCAAAGAGGUUAUGGCUAUAAAGUGUUACGAUAUCAACCCUAAGAAGCAAUGUUACUACAAACUUAGACUAAAGGUGUGUCAGUGUGGCUUGUUUCUCUCCACUUCUAGUCUCAAGCAAUCGUUAUCCUUCCCGCUUGUAUUAGUUAAUUAAUUUAUUGUCCUGCUGACUUGUAUAUUUAAUUACUUUAUUUAUUUAUUUAUUUAUUGUUUUUCUGUGUUAAACAGGCUGAAGAACUGUGCCGGAUUGUCAGUUUACAUUACUCAGCCGGCCCACCAACCUUGUGCUGUUUAAAGCUUGGUAAUAUUAACUAUAUUCUACUCCUAUGCUCCACCUUGUUUUAGUCAGUAUGUGACCCAUGUCUAACUAGUGUCAAGGAACUGGAAAAAUAACUCCGUUAUGAAGGGCUUUCAUUGCUCGUUUGGUUGAUUACGUGACCGAAAAAGGUUUCUCGAUUUAGAGAAGAGAAUUCAAAAGUCUUUGCUUCACUAGAGUUUUCUCGGGAAUCUAAUUUUCCGUUUUCCCAGCGUUCAUGUUUAGUUCUCAUCUGCCAAAACUUACCAAAGUAACUGGGAUAACAGGCUACGCGGAAUAGCAAGAAAAGUAGUUUGGAGACAAAGCGUAAUGUUAGGGUACGGUACGCUCUAUAAUUUGCUGAUAGAAAGAAAGCCAAAAGUAGUGGUUAACUGUUUGUUGCUAUAAUUGCUAUGGAGAUUUGCUGGCGGAGAUUUGGGAGAUUUUUUUGAUAACUACAGCUUGUAAUCGUGGACACAGUAUUUGACCACACGCCUUUUCCCACGCUGGGCCGAGGCGACAUUUAUUUUCUCUGAAAUCUGAUUGGUUCAUUUGUGUCUCUGCAUGCUGUGAUUGGCUCGAGAAUUUACUUUGGCUUUGAUUCUACAACACUCAUUUGAGAACCGCUAAAUGUUAACUUGUUUUAUCUUUCACAGCGUUAAUAAAUCCCGAAACCGGAAGCAGUACUGGAGCAACAUUCACUGUAAAGUAAGUGGAAAUGCAUGCCAGCAAAAACUUCUGGCGUGGACCGGGUUGAAACGGGCGCGCGUUGCAACUUUGUGAGUCUUUUUCUAUAAAACUGGUUGUCUUGUCGGCACAAAAGCAUUUAAGAACUUUUUUGUCCUUUUAAUUGGAACCGUAGUGUCAAAGUAAGACUCUGUUUCCUUUUAGGAGUUCCCCGAGGAGGACAUAGUCAAAGAUGUGACUAAAGUCUUAUAAUGACACCUUUUGAUAUUAGAUGCAUUUAAUGUAGUCUCUUUUGUUGAUACUCGGCUCCAAUAUAUAUUCCUUUGAUUUUGUGUUCAUUGCCAGAUAUCAUGAUAUGCCAGACGUGUUAGAUUUCCUCAUUUUGCGACAAACAUAUGACCAGUCAAUAAGCAGGAACUGGAGACCAGGUGGGUUGGGUGGUUACAUAUUUUUCACAACACCUGAAUUUAAUCCAAAGUUAUUUAAUCUUGACAUGGUUGUUGAUGUAAUACUUAUGGUGCUUUGAGUUUUCUAUGGUGCUAUUGGCGUACACUUCUUUGGGACAAUACUGGUAUAGCUGUAUGCAAGAUUACGGCAGUGUCACGGUGUAUCAUUGUUGCGUGACUCUUCCUGAGGGCUUUCAAGAGUAACACCACAGGCAUUUGUUUGAGGCUUAUCUUCUGAAAUUAACAGAACUAUGCUAUAGGACUUUGCCACAGUCUUACUCUUUAAGCGAGCAAACUUGCACUGUAAUUCAAAAUAAGUAUGCUUUGUUGACACGCCUUUUAUUAUCUUUCUUCUCAUUCGAUGUAGUCACGCGUCACCAGAUAACAUGUAAUUCGCAUUACGGUCAACUCCCUUUAUUGCGGACACUGUAGGGACCUUGAGUUAGUGUCCUUAUUAGCGAGAGUCCGUAAUAGCGGGAGUUUAUUUCAGUCAAACGUCUGUAAUUUGUUUUUACCGGGGAUUUGUAAUUUGUUUUUACCGGCUGUUGUCCGUAUUAUUGGGGUGUCCGUUAUAGGUGGGUGUCCGCAAGGCGGGAGUUGACUGUACUAUGCUCCUCUGUGAAUGGUUGGUUUUCAACUGCUGUGAUAUGCGCUUUUUUAUCCUCGCUGUUGCGGUGAGAUUGCUUUCCUCGGCACUGGUCUCCUGUUAUUGGGUAUCCAUGCUUCUGGAACUUCCAUUCCACUCUCCCUGUUGAUGUUGUAAGUUUUAGGUGGACGCGCUUCUUUGAUCCUGUUUGUCUAACGAUCAGUAAGCUUUGGAAUAAAGUAAGGUGGUUGGUUGUUUCACUGUUUUUUGUCUUCACAGGUGAUCGAUUUCGCAGUGUUAUCGACGAGACCUGGUGGGCCGGUGAAAUAACUGAUAGAAGUCCUUUCCAAACUGAGUUCGUGGAAUCUCAUUUUCAGUGCUUCACUGUCACGUAAGAAAUUAAAAAUAAAAAAUAAACUUUUAGCUAGUCCUAAAGUUUAUGACUUACGUUUCAACAUCUCCCAACACUUUGUGUAAUGUUUAAUAAAGGACUGGCGACGUCUUUGUGAAUUUUUUAACCGGAAUAGAGCCCAACAUGUUCAGCAGAGUUCAACAUGUUGAGUGGCCUAAUUUGAUGUUCAACAUUGAAUGAUACAGUGUUCAACAUUUGAUGAACAAGACCUGCAACAUAUAUUGUUCUAAGAUUGCAAAAGUCGAACCUGUCAGGAACCAUGUCAGGAAAAGCAUUUUUUUGUCCUCAAGUUUUCCCUUUUGAACUCAUCAGACGUCGAUGUGUCUUACACUUUUGUUUGAAAGAGUACAACAAAACUGCGCUGGCAUAGCGAGUCACUCAGUGCCAGGCUUUAUUUUCCUAAUACAACCUCGCACCGCUCAUUUCUUUAAGUAAAGUCCUGGACCUAACAUAUUUUCUAUUGAAAUGUUUACAAUGUGUGGUGUUUUUAGAUGGGACACGGGCGAAGUAGAGCGAAUGAGCCCCUGGGAUCUACAGCCUGUCACAGAACGAGGUAAAUAAGUGCUUUCAUUUCUUUGCUCAUGUACCUUCAUGUAUUAAAUUUCAAGUCUGCUGGGUUGGGGUAGAUGCAUUUAGAUGGCGGGGAACUGAACUGUUGGGAAGUCAUUUUACUUUUAUUUUUCCUUUUUUUCCUAUGAUAGACCGCGGGGAUAAUGUUACGAGAGUUUUGACUGUUUGUUUUUUUGUGUCUGUGUCAGACCCGGGGAACCCCGACCUCUCGGCCCAAGACACGGACGCCUCAGGCGCAGCAACAAGUAACAUACCCUUGACCGAUGAGGAACGGCUCUUACUGGCGUAUGAACCGGAAGAUUCUGAUUGGCUCGGUGAAGGACGAGAUGCAAUGACCGAGCGACUUGUUGCGGGACUCGAGGCCCUGAGUCAGCUAAAUUUUGCUGGUCCUUUUGUUUACCCCGUGGAUGUACAUGCGUAUCCUGAUUAUUGGACUGUAGUACCUUAUCCUACUGACUUGAGCAACCUGCGAGAAAAGCUCUUAAAUAAAUAUUAUCGGUAAGACCUGCUCUAUUAGCCUGCAAAGAUAACCAAACCUAUUAAUAUUUCCUUUCUGCUUGCUAUCCAUUCACCUUGCGUGCAGUACCUGCUUUUUUUUCUUUAGAGAGGAGAAGGAGUAAAGGAGGUUCCACCGAUCUGAAUCGUGUCUGGGGCCCUUUCCCCAAGAGGCCAGGAAACAUUUCAGGCCAGAAGACAAAUUUUAACAUCCAACACUGUUGAAUAGGUAGCGCAGUUGCUAGGCCACAGUUUGUUUCGUAAAAUGAUAGUUUCAUUGUGUUAUUUUCAAAUUUAUUGAAACUUUGAUCUCGAAUGCAAAGACAACAAGCACAAAACAGCCUUCCGGGCCCGAAAAGUUACCGGGACUUUCGAGAAACGGGCCCCAGGCCUUUGAAGUCGCCGAAGUCCGAACUUCUGGACUAGUUAAUCUUGUCGGCAUGGUUGUCACAGGUCAGGAAAUGGUCAGGGAAGCAAAAAAGUCUUCAAGGUCAGGGAAAAGUCGGGGAAUUUCACUUUAAGUUAAGUCAGGGAAAAGUUAAUUUUUACUUAAUUUCUAUCCGCCGCUAAAAAUCGCUUAAAUCUGUGGUAUUUUUUUUUCCCAGACGAGUAGCAGCUCUUCAAUGGGAAGUGAAACAGCUGGAGAAAAAUGCCCGACUCUAUAACGAGGAAGAGAGCCAGAUUGUCAGAAACUCAUCCAAGCUCGUGUCUGUUCUAAAUACAUUCAUCAGGUAGAGGACAAAUUCCACUACAGUCAAAUCCCGCUUUACGGACUCCCCUUUAAUCAGUUUUCUUUGUCCCUGGGGAAAGCCCUUACAUUUUCUCUAAAUUCAACCCGCUUAAUACAGACACCCGUUAUUGCGGACAACGGACACUUAUUUCUUACCCAAUCAACAGUUCUCAUAGAAAGCCAACCUCGCUAAUGCGAACACUUCAUUAUCAAGUGGCUUGUAAAAUAGACCUUUCCUUUUUGAAGCUAUAAAAAGAAAGUUCUGUUGACAGCCCGUCGAUGUUCCCAGCGCUACAGUACACCGGAUAGGAUGAUUUGUAGACGUCAGAUUUGGACUAAUUUUGGCAUCAGACGAUUUAUGCAGAGAACGGUUUUGAUUAAGUAAUUUAAAGAUGAGCGAUUUUUUAGUGUUUCCCUCAUUUAAUCCGCGGAAUGACAGCUCUGUUUAGCUUUAAACCGUGUUUAACGUGUUUAAGCUUUGGUGUGAAUGGGGCUUAAGAUAGCUACACCGGUGUGCGGAAGCUCAUAGGCUCACAAUUCCUGUUGGGGACUUGGAUGUUUUCUUUGUCCCUUGCUCGUUACAUGUUGAUCACAUCAUUUCUUAUUUCUUCACCGUGCUUAAAAUUUACCAUCAUUCUUUAGUUAACACACACAUGACGAUUUCGACAUUGCUGAUCCUUGCGGUACGCAGAGCGCAUGUCAUACAUGAACCUUGUAUAUGGCCUAGCUUGCCACGAGUCCUUCGUAGCUCAGUGGUUAGAGCAUCCGACCGGUGUACAGAAGGUCAUAGGAUCAAUUCCUUUCUUUGUCCCGUGCUCGUGACAUGUUGAUCACAUCAUUCUCAAGACAGCUUUUCUCAGUCCUCCAGAACCCCCAAGAAAGCAAGGAACUCGAUUUUGAAUUCGAUUUUUCCUUCUCGACAAAUCCUAGUCACUCCUCUUGCGCCGAACAAAAUGACAGAAAACGUGUUUGGAAAAAAAAUAUUAUCCUAAUUAACUGAGAUCGUUUGAUUCGUUUUAAAGGGACUCCUCCUGUAACGAUAUACUUUCACUUUGUGGGGAUGAAGAGGCAAUCGAAGGUGAUGUGGAGGUAUGGAAAUAACUUAUUGUUAUAAGAAACAAAUCUGAUUUUCCUCAUGACAGCGGUUAUGUUAUAUUGAUGCGUUGCACAAGCUUUUUCUAUUUUAGAACUCACCUUUCUAAUGGUUUCUUCUUAUUUUAUAAAUUUACUUUUCGAACGUAGCUUGGACAGAAAAGCAACGGCAUCUACUUUUACGUUUGUUUCUGCAGGUAAAAGUUGACAAUAUGUCUGAAGAAUCCGCUGAUGAAGGAGACACCUCCCAGGUACAACAUGAAAUUCCUUUUUUAUCAAAAUUAAGUUUGUCUGGCUGACUAACUGAACGACCAACUUACUGACUGAGUGAUUGACUGACUGACUGACUGAUUGAUUGAUUGAUUGAUUGAUUGAUUGAUUGAUUGAUUGAUAGACUGACCGACCAAUCAUAACCAUUGCCGCUGCGAUCAAUAGAUUUUUAAUCAAGAUAAGCGCUCUUAAUUCAGUUUCAUUUCUUUACAGGAUUCCGGUGUCUCGGGCUCACGGAAAAGAAAGCGAGUGAGUAAAACUUGCCUAGUCUUAUUUCAUUGUCGUGAAACCAGAGGCCCAAAUGUUAUCAUCGGCCAAGAUGUUACUGUGGGGUCGCCUACUUUUUAGGCAAUCUAGUUUCGGAUCUAUAUCACCCAUUUCUUUCAAAGAUUCUUUCGGACUGUCUUGUGACUAGAACCAGACGCCAACCAAAUAUAGUUCUGUGCUUGUCAUUACCUCUGAAGUCCUAUACCUUUCCGGAAACUACUCACCUACCCCUUCCCUAAGCCAACAUUUUUCCCCAAGUGAGAAGUGAGUGUUAAUGUUGACUUAGGGGAGGGGUAGGUGGGCAGUUUCCCAAAAACGUAUAAUGAUCCGGAGUCUUUUGAUGUGUAUGAAUACAGUUCACCAAAUGGAAGGUGCAUUCUGAAACCGGAUUCAUAUUCUCAUCUAAGAUUGUUUACUCCUAACUGGAAAGAAGACCGAAAAUUCAAUCACAGCGUCCGGAUUUAUAGUGGUUAACUUUACUAUUUCAACUUAAGAAUGAGAGCUUUGUAUAUGGGAGACUCUUCAGUUGUCAUUAAUGUUAAGUUCCAUUUUCGUUACCUUCAAGGAGUCGAGUUCCGAACGUCCAAACAAACAAAUCAAGAGGGAACAGCCGCCAUCACCACCAGUGGAGGUAAAGCGACAUAUUUUUACAAAAGAUUGUUUCUAUAAGGACUGGAUCAUAUCAAAAACAAACUGAAAAUAAUUCAAUCUAAUCAUUUUUGGUUCGCUUACAAAAAUAUCCACACACAUAGGCACCCGCAAGAUAACGGCAGUGUUACGGCAUGUUGUUGCGUGACUCUUCCUGAGGGCUUGCAAGAGUAACACAACAGGCAUUUGUUUGAGGCUUAUCUUCUGAGACAAAACGGAGCUAUGCCAUAGGACUUUGCCACAGGCCUAUUCACUUACAUGGUAUCUCAAGUAUGCUUCACGUUAAUGUGUCCUAUAGUGCUUUAUUCCCUCCUGUCGUCGUCGUUCUUGUUGUCUUGGUUACGUCUCUUUAAAAUGUCGUUAUCCGACAAAGAGCUUGCAGACUUCUUAGCCUACUUCAAGCCGCUGGACUAAGAAUCGCGGGCUUCUUGAAAAGCAUCAGUUUUCUGAUUUAUCGCGUUUAAUCGCGUGUUUUAUCCUUUCAGCCGUGGUUGCAGUCUGCGCAUGAGCUGUUAGAUUUCUUAGUGUCACGUGAAGAUGCAACGCCCUUCCGACAUCCCGUGGAUCUGAAUGAAUGGCCGGUAAGUAAAAACCACAAAGUGAUAAACAGGAUAGUCUUUCAAUCAUUACAUUCAAUGUAGUGGCUCAGCUUUCCUUGUCCUUUAGGAUUACACUGAUGUCGUUGCUGAACCGAUGGAUUUUAGCACGGUGUAUCAACGGCUAGAAAACAAUUUAUACGAGGACCCAGAGGCUUUUGUCAGAGAUGUGCGGUUAAUUUUUUCCAAUUCAAGAGCUUACAAUACAAUGCCAAGAUCACGGGUAUGUUUAGUGUGUGAUACGUUAAUACGCAAUCAGGAUGAGGGGGGAAAUAACCUUAUUCGAAUAAGUUGAGCACAAAUGAACAAGCUAGUUUUCAUUGCAAUGCCUCCGACCGAAAGACUUCGGGACUUAUGCCGCUCUAUUGUCAGGUGCUUCAACCAGUUGCAAAAAUACUUGACGCGCCGUCCCUUAUUUUGGCUCAAAUGGCCUGUCCAUGAUCUUGUGCUUGUAAUCCCGCCUCCUUCCCUUGUCAAAGUUGCCAGCAAUACAAGACCAUGCCCAAAACUUGGAGGAACAACUUUGAAUGGAAGGGAGGGAGGGGUUGAGUGUUAUAUCUUUCACUUACGGGUGAGUAGCGGCGAUUUGCAGUGAAAAAGGCCGGUUUUUCGUCGGAGCGUCUCAUCAUUACGUUCAUCAUUUUUGCCACUGGUUGUAGCAAUUAGACAAGCGAAGAGGGAAAACACUUUAUAAUUCAAAACUGGAGAAGUACGUUCGUACAGAGUACGGCUAGAAUUUAAGGGUGGGCAUGGGGUACAAGUUUCCCCAACUACGCUUUGCGGUGUUUUGUUUUAUUUUGUUUGUUUUACGUUAAGUUAACAGUAAUCCAAGGUUUAGAGGUCGCUAUCAGUACGUAUAUUACCAGCUCUACACUUAAAAGUACCGAAGCAAACGUAUCUUAUUUACAACCACGAAGCAAAUGAACACGCCACUUUUCAUGGCAAUGCCUCCGACUAAUACACUACGGUAUUUAUGGCGCUCUUAUGUGCCAGCAGAUAAGCACAUGAAGUGGGGAAACAUUUUACCAUAGUUAGUAUAGAAGACUGGGUAUGAAAGGCAGCAAACAUUAAAGGAAAAAAUAACGGUGCAGCAGUUUAUGUUGGAAGCUCCCUGACCGUGCACAACCCUUUGCUAUUUGUUCACAAACAAAUAGAUUAAUUUUUAUUGGUCAUUAAGAUCAAAAUGAUAGGAAUGCUAGUGAAUGUUGUGCACCUUCAGGGCCACAAAAACAUACAACAAACCAACCAUUCCACUUCAUUAACUUUGAAGGAUGGACAUGGAGCAGAAGUUACCAACCAGAGUCUAGGGGUUGCGGUGUUUGAUUUGAUUUGGUUCACUUUCGAACGGUCAUUCAAAUUUUAGAGCUCGUAGUGAAUUCGUAGUAGGAGCUCUAAACUCGAAAUUACCGAAGCAAACGUUUUUUUUUAUGACAGCCACGAAACAAGCAAACUGAUUAACCUUGUUAGUCGCUUGCUUGCCCCCUGCCUCAGUUAAUAUUUCUUUACAUGACCUUUUUUUGCUUGCUUGUUGUUCCUGAUUAAUCCUUCCUCUCUUGUUCAUUAGAUCUACAGCAUGACGAUUCGCCUUUCCGCCAUGUUUGAAGAUCGUGUCGACAGCGUUCUUAGAGACUGGUACGAGUCUGCAUCAGGAGGAGCUCGCCGUACAAGGCUGCGGACGAUGCGUUUGUUAGAGUCUCAUGCACCCAUUAGCAGCCAUGCAUCCCGACAGCGUAUGCCUCACUCAGGCGACCAUGCUGCUUCCAGCAGCAGUAGAGCCUCGUCUUCAGGCCUAGACCCGAGUUUCGAGGCUGUUAAUACACGCGAGAAUAGAACUCGUUCAUUAGCUACUCGCGCGGCGACAACUUCCGAGUUAGACCAAAGAAAUGGCCAGCGGUAUCCUUCACGGACAGAAACCCGUUCGAGUUCUCGAGCAAACCCACAAUCCCGCCACGAGCGGGAUGAUGAUAAUGUUUUCGAUAAUGAUGGAUUAUCAGGAAUUGGGAGGUCUACAAGGUCGACGAGAUCAAGCGCGCGACGUGAACUUGUUAUGCGAAUUCCUACUUCAAGGAUUCAGCAAAGUAUAGAGGAGGAAGCUGUUUCGAAUGGUCCUGUCACAAGUAGGUAUGCAACUCGUAGGACCUCGUCUUUAGCGCAGAGUUCUACAAGUGUUAACGAGGAAGAGUCAGACGAGGAUGAGUGCGAGGAAGAGGGAGAAGAGGAUGAAGAAGAUGAAGAGGAAGGAGGAGGAAGUGAAGAGGGCGAAGAACAAGGAGAUGACAGCGAAGAGGAAGGGGAUGAAGAUGAAGAAGAGGAAGAUGAUGAAGAUGAAGACGAGGAAGAAGAGAGCGAAGAUAGUGCUGACGAGUCACGCCCUCAGACCCGCCGCAAGGCGGCACGUCCUACUCAUCGUCCUACGGUAACAGUACGAACAAACCGCUUGGCGGCGAAGACGAGCAAUACGCGCACAAGCAGGAGUAAGCCAAGCGCGAGCUCUGCGCAGAGGAGGACUAGCGAAACUAGUGAAACGUCGCAUCGAAAUGACAAUGCGCCUUGUAGGAGGAGUUUACGAAGGAACUCGUCUGUACGUCGUGUAAGAUACAAUGAAAACGAUUCGGAUAGCGAGAGUGACUCCGCUGGUAAUGAAAUCAUUCGAGUGUCGAGUCGUGGUAGAAUUCGUAAACCAGCCAUUCGAAUGCAGGAUUAUGUGGAGUAA